UAAUCCUAAGCCCCAGUCCCCAGAACACCAGAAAAAGCUUUAACAAAAUGGAAACUCAAUCUUCCCCUCUCCAUGUAUACUUUUUGCCUAUGAUGGCUCCAGGCCACAUGAUACCAAUGGUGGACAUGGCCAGGCAGUUUGCCAGGCAAGGCGUGAAGGCGACUAUACUCACAACACCCUUAUACGCAGCCCAGAUUUCGAAAACCAUCAACCGGGACAACAAAGAACUCGAAACCCAAAUCACCAUUCGUUUACUGGAAUUCCCUUACAGGGAAUCCGGGCUCCCGGAGGGCUGUGAGGACCUAUCCAACACCACAACUUCAGAGCAGAUGCACCGUUUCUUUAACGCCCUCAAUCACUUCCAAAUCCCUGUGGAGCGGUUUGCCGCGGAGGACCGCCCGGACUGUAUCAUAGCCGGGGCGAUGUUCGUAUGGAGCAAUGAUCUUGCGGCUAGGCUUGGGAUUACCAGGUUGAGUUUCUGGGGAACUGGGUUUCUUCCCCUGUGUGCGCAUCAUAGUUUGCUUAAGCACAGGCCUCAUGAGAAGAUUGAAUCCGACACUGAAGAAUUCGUCAUCCCUGACCUUCCGGACACCCUGAAAAUGACCAAGCAACAGGUGCCGGAGACUCUGAGAGACGACGCGGAAAGUAAUGUGAAAGAAAUAUUCGCAAAAAUCUUUAAAGCGGAAGCGGGUAGCUAUGGGAUGGUUAUGAACAGCUUCUAUGAGCUAGAACCAGCUUAUGUGAAAUACGGCAAGGAAGUUAUAGGGAAAAAGGCAUGGCACGUCGGUCCAGUUUCCUUGUGCAACAAGGAAGACGGUGAAAAAUCGCAGAGAGGUCAAGCGGCGUCGAUUGGGGAAGAAGAGUGUUUGAAUUGGCUCAACUCCAAAAACCCCAAUUCAGUAGUGUAUGUUUGUUUUGGGAGCAUGUCCAUCUUCUCCGCAGCUCAGCUGCGCGAGAUAGCAGCCGGCGUGGAGGCGUCCGGCCAGCCGUUCAUAUGGGUUGUAAAGCAAAACAUGGAGGAAGAAAUGAAUGACUGGAUGCCCGAAGGAUUCGAGGAAAGAGUGGAGAAUCGAGGCCUAAUAAUCCGAGGAUGGGCACCACAGGUGCUCAUCCUAGACCAUGAAGCUAUAGGGGGAUUCGUGACUCACUGCGGAUGGAACUCUGUGCUUGAAGGAAUAGUGGCCGGGGUGACAAUGGUCACCUGGCCACUCUCCGCCGAGCAAUUCUUUAACGAAAAGAUGGUCACACAGGUUCUGAAGAUCGGAGUUCCGGUUGGGGCUCAGGCAUGGACAAGAAGAACAGACAGCAGGGCGCCCAUUAACCGAGAAAACAUAGAGGCAGCCGUGAAGGAACUAAUGAUCGGAGAAGAAGCUGAGGAAAGGAGAAGCCGCGCAAUCGCCUUAGGAAACAUGGCCAAGAAAGCAGUGGAACCAGGCGGCUCAUCCGACACUGAUUUGAGGUCUUUAUUGGAAGAAUUAAGGAAAAACAGAAAGUGAUGAGGCAAAGCAACAACGUUAGCUCCCAAUAAUACUGUUUGAUCAGUUCUCAUAUGUAU